UGGUGUGACGUCACAAGGCUGCGCCGCGCGCUCCCGCGGAUCAACGAAGAAAAACUCCUGCUGAAGCAGCUGAGGAGACACUAUUAUAAAGAUGGCAUUUAUUAAAGAGGAGAGUGAAAAUAUGAAGAUUGAAGAAGUAUUCAGUCUGAAACAAGAAGAUACUGAGGAACAAACAGAUCUGAUGCCGCUGAAAGAGGAGAGUCAAGAACUGAACGAAAUGGAAGAACAAAAUCUGAAGGAAAAUUUUGAUUUCGCAACUGGAGAAAAAACUUUUGGUUGCUCACUUACUAAAAAGACAUCCACACAAAAUAGAAGCCUCUCCUGCAUUCAGUGUGGAAAGUGUUUCUCUAGACAUGGAAAGCUUGAAGUCCAUAUGAGAAUUCACAAAGGAGAGAAGCCUUUUACAUGCCAACAGUGUGGAAAGGGUUUCACUGAAAAAGGAAGCCUUAAAAGGCACAUGAGAAUUCACACCGGAGAGAAGCCGUUCACCUGCCAACAAUGUGGAAAAAGUUUCUCUGAUAGGACACACCUUAACGGCCACACGAGUGUUCACACCGCAGAGAGACCUUUCACCUGCUCUCAGUGUGGAAAAUGUUUCAAACAAAGAGGAAUACUUAAAAAACACAUGGCAUUUCACUGUGGAGAGAAGCCUUACAUAUGUCCACACUGUGGAAAGAGUUUUAGACAUAAAGUAACAUUUAACACCCAUUUGAGAGAACACACUGGAGAAAACCCGUUCGAAUGCGGUCAGUGUGGAAAGAGCUUCAGACGUAAAGUAACAUUUAACACCCAUUUGAGAGACCACACUGGAGAAAACCUGUUCGUAUGUGGUCAGUGUGGAAAGGGCUUCAGAAGUAAAGUAAAUCUUACUAUGCACAAAAGAGUUCACAUUGUUCACAAACCAGACGGACCUGAAAUGUCAGUUGCAAUCCCGACAGUAGCAUACUGUUUUCUAUUAAAAAAGUAAUAUACUGUAGGAAACGAUGCGUUCUGGGCAUUAUCUUCCAUUUUCUAUGAUGGCAAAUUUACUGUGAAUUAAAGGGAACCUAUUAUGCCCCUUUUUUACUAGAUGUAAUAUAACUCGGGCGUCCCCAAAAUGUUUCUGUGAUUCAGCUCAAAAUACCACAUAGAUCACUAAUUAUAUCAUUCUGAGAAUUACCAUUUUUGAGUGGAAGCAAAAACAUGCUAUUUUUGUGCAUGUCUUUAAAAAUAAAUGAGUGUUGUUCCCCACACCCUUCCCAUGAUAAGGUUAUGCCUUUACAGCCUACGUCUUGGAUAGUCUGCCAAAAUAAAACGCAUAUUUGGUUUUGAUUAUCAUGGGUCAACUCUUCAUACCUCACUUAAUACUGUACAUCUGAGAUGAUUUGAUGGAUGCCAGAUCUUUUAAUCAUGAUAACUGAUCUCUGGGUAAUUUGGUUCUUCAAACAGGUUGGCGGAUUUGACUGAGAUCAGCAUUGUCUUUUAUGGCUGUGUAUUUGCCCAAACUACAUGAAACCGCAGACUCUUUCAGUCGGGCUGGAAGCUUUCUCACUCUGUUGCUGGUGAAGUCCCAGUAGUAAACGGAAUUCUUUUCCAUCUGUUCAGAAUCGUUUGGCAUAUUGUCUCAGAACUGUACAUGUCCCCUAAAUCUUUGAUCAGCAAUAGACAUUUGGUGACUGAUGUUUUGCUGCUCUGUAAAGCCCUCGAAGCAACAUCACUGGCCUCAAAUAAUUUACCAAAUGUCACCAACAGAAAUACAAUUGUUUUGACUCAGUUUGAUGCAUGAGUGAAUCAGCUUUGAGUUUUAUUUGUCCACUUGCUUCAGAGAACUCCGUCAGUAUUUCUAAAAAUACAAAAAAUAAAUAUAGCUGUAAGCAGCGAUACAGGGCAAAGCACUGGAGGUGCAGCAAGCGCAAUGCAGAACCAGAAGUGCAAAAAUGGCAGAAAUAGGAUGUACACUGAAAAAAAAAAAAAAAGUUCAGAAGUACAGAUGAGAAUUAACUUAAAAUGAACAGAGGUUUAGAUCAAAAUGAACAAAAAAAUACUUUUAACUCAAGAGGAAGAACACACUUGGAAGACAAUGGGCCUCAUUCAUGAAACAUUUGUAAAUUUAGGAGUAAAUUCUGAGUAAUUUGUGCGUAAAACGGACCUUCCCGAAAACUCUCCUCCGGAUUCACAAGCGCUUCGUAAACGUCCGAUUUGAUAGUAAAACAUGCAUAUGUUAAUUAAUUCCAAUCAUUCGUAAAUAGGGCACUUGUGCACGCUCAUUCACAAUUAGCAUAAUCCCCGCCUAUGACUACAGCUACGCAAAUUUCGUGUCCAGGAACGCAGUGGAAUAUUCUGGUUCACUUUCUCAAGUUUGGCUCCAGUAUAUUGCAUAAAUGCAAAUUCAUGAUGUUUUUUCCAGCUGUUGAUUUGGUUGCUAUGAAGUGGAAUAUCCACGGCAGUAACGUAUUACUAGUAUCUCAUUUUGAAGAAUAUUACUGAAUAUAAAAAAGUAGUAACCAGUAAACUUCUCUAUUGUUGUUCAGUUGUUGUACAAGUAGUGAUUGGUCAGUGUGGUAUUUGUCCCGCCCCUCCUCUAUUGAUUGGACAGCUGGGUAAAAAGUGACCGUGACAAGCGCUGCUGCGUUCUACCCAAAGCUAAACCGGAGCUAAACAGUUUAUCAACUCUUAGCUACAAAAAAAACAGAGUAAACCAAUUUAUAAAAUAAUGGCAGUGCAUCAAAAUUCAGUGUCAUAAGUUUGCCAGAAAGAACACAGAACGUUUUACGCACCAUUUACAUGUGGAAGGGAGCAUGUGUAGAUUUCUUUCGUACCAACUAAUAUUUUGAAACUAAUAUAAUUUCAUGAAUCGGAAAAUUUACUUCAGAACAGCUUUAUGAACAAUUUACACAUUCACGAAUGAGGCCCAGUGUCUGGAAUAGAUUCAACUUUUGUUCAAAUUCUGGCUAUACAGUGUUUUUGUGAGACUUGUGGCGGCAGGUGACGUCACAGCCUUCAGACGUGUUUUGGCACUUCAGAUCUGUUCUACUUUAUGAAAUGUCACAUACUGUAAUACAACUGAAUGCUCGAUAAAGCUGUUAACAUUAUAUUUUCUGUUGUCAGACAUAAAACAAGUAUAAAUAGUAAACACGACCCAUUAAUACUACAUGUUAAACAGGAAUCACUCCUAUACUCCUUAAAUCCUGAUUUAUAAUCGUGACAUCGGUCAAAGGUGCACUUUCACAGGUUAUUAACAUUUAUAAAUCAUUAAUAAAUGGUUAAUUGCAUUAUGGUUCCCAGGUAAUAUUGGAAUUAAAAUUUUCAGUAUUACUAUCUCAUGAAGUCAUGGUUGUGCUUUUAUGAUUUAUUUUCCCACAAAAUAAAAAUCAAGAUAAUUUUAUCUUGAUAAACAGAAGAUAUCAGUUUCUAAUCACUGCUGUGGAUAGGCAUCAUGAACUUUUGCAGAGAAUCAUG